AUGUGCUCUCUCAGUGCAGCAAAUGCCAGGUUCUGCCUUGACUUUUUCAGAGAGCUGAACAAAAGAAAAAGAAAUGAAAAUAUCUUCUUCUCCCCACUAAGUCUGUCAGCUGCCUUUGGAAUGGUUGUCCUUGGAGCCAGGGGCAGCACACUCGAGCAGAUUGAGAAGGUCUUUCAUUUCAGAGAAGUUUUGAGCAGUACAAGACAGGAAAACAGAUACCCUUCUGAGGAGGUCCCACUUUGCAUAGGAAAGCUCAAGUCUACCACAAAACAUCUGUUUUCCUGUUUGAAGUGUGAAGAAGAUGAAGGAGUCCAUUCCCAGUUCCAGGCUCUGUUGGCUGAAGUCAGUGAACCUGGACCAGGCUGUUGUCUCACCAUUGCCAACAGGCUCUUUGGAGAAAUUACUUAUCCAUUCUUCCAGCAAUACUUGGAUUCCACAAAGAAAUUCUAUCGAGCAGAACUGGAACCAGUAAAUUUUAAAUACACUGAAGAAGAAGUCAGAGAAAAAAUUAACUUCUGGGUUGAAAAUGAGACAAAAGGUAAAAUCAAAGAUCUUUUUGCUGCUGGUUUUAUUGAUCCCUCUACUGUACUUGUCCUGGUCAAUGCUAUAUAUUUUAAAGGAAAGUGGGCAGUAGAAUUUAAGAAAGAAGACACUAAGGAAAUGUAUUUCCACUUGAAUAAGAACAAGAGAGGGAAAGUGCAGAUGAUGUUUCAAGAAGGAUAUUUUAACAUGGCCAUCAUAGAGGAACUAAAAACAAAAAUCAUAGAGCUCCAAUACUACAAUAAUGAACUGAGCAUGUUCAUUCUUCUUCCUGAAGAUGACUGCGAGGACUUUACUGGCCUAGAACAGCUUGAAUGUGCCCUCACCUAUGAAAAACUCACAGAAUGGACCAGCUUGGCUACGAUGCAACCACUGAGAGUGAAGGUGUACCUGCCCCAGUUCAAGAUGGAGGAAAGUUAUGUUCUCAACAACACUCUCCAGGAAAUGGGAGUAAUGAAUGUUUUUGCCUGGGGAAAAGCUGAUUUGUCAGGAAUAUCUAUGAAAGAUGGCUUGGUUGUAUCCAAGGCGAUCCAGAAAACAAUCAUGGAAGUCAAUGAAGAGGGCACUGAAGCAGGUUGUUCCAUGGGGCUUCUUGCAAUGCCUCUGUGUUGCCCAGUAAUUUAUGAGUUCAAAGCUGACCAUCCAUUCCUCUUCUUCAUCAGACACAACCAAACCAACACCAUUCUCUUCUUUGGAAGAUAUUCCUCUCCUUAA